AUGGUAACUGUCACAGCCCUAGUCGAACCAUCCUUUGGCUUACCUAGACGAAAAUAUUUUACGACACAUGUAUUAAAAUCAAUGUAUGACAAAACACGUGCAAAAGUUAAUCGUGAAUUAAAAAGUGCUCUAGGUAUCUGUCUAACCACCGACAACUGGUCAUCAGAUUCAAAUCAGGCAUAUAUAACCGUCACAGCUCAUAUUACAGCAUCCAAUUAUGAAGAGAAAAAUUUUGUUUUUGAAACAAUUGAUUUCACGAGAAAUCAUACAGCUGAUCGAAUAGUCCAGCAUUUACAGGAUCUGGCAAUUGAAUGGUCAAUAUUUGAUAAAAUUAUUUGUUUAGUCUCGGAUAAUUGUGCAACAAUGGUCAAAGUUGGUCGAGAUUUUAACAAAGGUGUUCCAGAACGACAGCUAAUAUUUGACGUAUGUACUAGGUGGAACUCAACCUUCUAUAUGAUAGAAAAAUUAACUGAAGAAAAACCAUCUGUUUUAUUGUGUUUGAGCGAACAACAAUUCCAAAAAAACCUAACAAAAGCCGGUUUAUCUACAAUAAUCAAUUGGGAGGUUCAAGCUCAAUUGAAGAUCUUCGGCGGAAGAAUUUUGCAUUUUUUGUCACCAAGUUUAUAUGAUAAACAUCCUGCAACAAAAUCAACAUUACAAAAACUGCAAGCAUUCAAUGCAAAAAAUGAAGCAUAUGAUUUAUUACUGAAAAAAUACGAAGAUUUAUUACCAAAAAUGCCCACAUCGUCGAUUGAGGAUGAGAAGAUAGCUUUUUUUCGAAUAAUCAGUAUGCGGUAG